GACGACUCACUCCGCGCCACGAUGGCUCCUCCGGUGGUUCUGCUCAAACUCAAGGAGCUGGCCGAGGACGCGCCCAGCGGCGGCCGCGACACCCCCGGCGUCCAGCCGCCCCCGCCGUCCGUGCCGCCGCCGGUGCCUCCGCUCCCCAAGCACGGCUUGGUCAAGAACAAGAGCAGCCUCUGGGCCGAGCCGGACAAGAAAAAACCCGAGAUGAGGGAAAUCAAACGGCCGACGGAAAAGCAGCUCGCCAAGAAGGAAAGCGCCACGAAAUGGGAAGUAUACAAUGAUCACCAGCACAGUUUGGCUGAGCAGGAUAGUCUGAACGCGUCUCUGCCAAGACCCUCGGCCGCAUCAACCACAACCCCCAAGAGACUUGCUACCCUCGCCGAAAGAGAUUCGACAUCGUCGUCGCCAAAAGUCAGUGUCGCGGCGCACUCGCCAGUCAGGAAUUCGCUGCUCAGGAUUUUGAGAAGGAAAACCAUCGAAUCUACUGAAAUGGUCGACAGAGCAGAACCUUUUCGACAACUAUGGGUUGCCCUGAGCUCCCUUUAUGGCCAGGCUUUGGUGCUGGUCAUGCUUGCGAUUUGUUUGAUUGAAGUCAUGGACAACUCUGUGCGCAUUUUCAGCAUGCAGGGCUUCCUGUUGCUGUACAUGUACGUUGGAGGAAUCGCGGUGAUCCUGUGCAUUUACGUGUGGGUGCUGAUCGACAGCUGCGGCUCGUUGUCCGGCAACUCGUCGCGCGAAUACGACAGCGAGGACGAUGUGCCGACGACGGACGACGCCGAAAAUCCGCACCCGCUCACCAGGUUCGGCUCGUUGAAACGCGCCCACCGCGCCGCAACCACGGGCACCUCCUUCUACAUCAGGGUCGGAGCCAUUUUGUUUGGUUUGGCGACGCUGGUCUUCAGCGGGCUUGAGGUUGCCAUGCACUCGACUAUGGACGCCACCGGCACCGCCUCGUGUCUCUCGGACAUCAUUUUCGUCCACCCCGUGCUCCACGGACUCUUCACCUUUUUACAGAUGCACUUCCUCUUUGUCAAUUCUCAGGUCGUCGUCGAGCGGUUCGGUUUAGCCGCGCGUUUCGGCUUCAUGCACCUGGCCGCGACCAACGUUGCGUUGUGGGUGCGUCUGAUUGUGUGGGAAAGUGGAACCGAGUGGAUCUACUCGAUUCACCAGGCCCAGCAACGAGGAAGAUCCACCACCAGUUUCCUGCCCUCGCCCCUCGAACUCAAGGGCUUCCCCAGGGCAGAAGCUCUCAGAACUGGUUGGACCAAAAAUGCAUCCCACUUGGCAGCUUUCUCACCAGUUUCUGCAGACCACAUUUCGCAAGUGGUCAGUCUCCAUGAGUGUCUGAAUGCAAACUCACUUGGACAACUGUGGACCUCAGCAACCCCCUUCCUCACCCCUUUCAUCGUCCAAUUCUGUGUGAUUUCGGCCGCCGUGACCUACGUGAUGGGUCUGAAGGUGGGCCAGAGAAGGCACAUUUUCAAGGGCGGCAGCAAAGGCUCCAGCAGCUCUUGCUCGGGCUCAGUCGACUGCAAUUCGAGCAGCCGAGGCCUCUUUUUGGGACUGUUGUGCGUCGUGGCCGGAGUUGUGGUCAUCAUUGUCUUUUUCGUCGUCAAGGGCGACCCCAACUUCCCGCAACAUUUGCCCUUCUGGCUCUCGAUCGGCACCCAGGGCUCUAUACUUGCACUGGCGGCUGCUCUUUCCCUCGUCGGAAUUGCUCAGGUCCGUCGCCUUGCGUCCUCGGCAUGCGAGCCACCCAGGAUCGACCGGCUGCUGUCCAAAGUAUCCGCCUUUGGCGUCGUCAGCUACUCGAUUUUCAGCCUGGCCGCCGGCGUGGGCCGCGUCCUCGAAAUGCAGCGGACGGACGCGCCUGAGGACGGUCGGGCCGGCGCCCUGAUCGCGUACUGCGCCGUCCAGCUGCUGCACGUGGCCCUGCAGAGCGGCAUGCUGGACGAGAUUUGCAGACGACAGUGCUCGAGCCGCGGCCAGAUCAUCGCGCGACCAGGCCGGCAAAUCGUGACCUGCCUGUUGUGCCUCAACGGGGUCAUGUGGGUGUUCGACUCGCUGGUCACCUUCAGUUGGAUCUCGCAGGAGCUCCAACUCAACUUCUAUGGCGUGCUCACGUGGGGAGUCAUUAGCAGGAUAAGUUUGCCGUUGUUGGUGCUGCACAGAUUCCACUCGUGCGUGCGGCUGCUGAACGCUUGGCAAAAGGCAUACAACUGACGAGGGCGGGACCGCGAAGAGCAGUGUUGCUGCGCGGGCACCACUGGGGCCUUCCGGGCCCAGAUCCGUUUCCAGGUUCCAGGUCUUCGCGGUCCCUCCUCGCCGGGCGCCACCCCUUUCCGAAAGGCUCCGUGGCACCCAAACAUGCACCUGCUCAAGUUCUAGGCCCCACCAAGGCUCUGGACCCCCUAGUUUCGUUGCCAACACCAAUUAUUACUGUUAAUUUAAUUUGUGUAUAUAAUUUAUUGCGAUAAUUAUUUCUAAUAAAAUUUUAAGUUGCGGACGUGUCCGAAAAUUUACAACUGGA